AUGUCUGGAAAAGAAACCGAUGCUGAGCAUGAGCAUGAGCGUCACGAGGAGUUUGAUGAAGUUCAUGCACACUUCAUCGGCCCCAAGGGCGCUAAUCUCCCUGACUUCAGAGCCAACAUCAACACCAUUCUUGAUGAGCUCCUCGUCGCCAGACAAAGCUAUCAACCAGACGAUCAAGCUUUCAUCUCCAAGAAAUACCGUCGUUCACCGGUUUUUCUGAAAGCCAGAUCUGAUCUCCGACUGGCUACCGAAAAGGUCGCACAGCUUCUUGGCGAACAUUCGGCACCUUUUUGGUCACCCCGCUAUGAGGCGCACAUGUGCACUGAUUUGACCAUGUCAUCCCUGCUCGGGUACUUCAUGACUAUGUUGUACAACCCAAACAACGUCGCUCUCGAGGCUAGUCCUAUGACAACCCUAAUUGAGCUUCGGGUUGGGCAGCAGUUGUGUAAACUGUUCGGGUACAACACUGAUACGCAGAAAUCUCCAGUUUCUUGGGGCCAUAUCACUUGCGACGGUACUAUUGCGAACCUUGAAUCCAUCUGGGUUGCACGGAACCUCAAGUUCUACCCUCUGAGUCUCUGCCUUGCGCUACGACGUGGAAAGCUCCAGUUUAUCUCAGAGAAAUUCUAUGCUAGUUCUUGCUUCCAUGCAUCUAAGCAGACUCUUUUCAAGGAUCUUAAAGGAUGGGAUCUUCUCAACCUUCGCUCCGAUGUCAUUCUUGACCUUCCAAAUGAGCUGAACAAGCAAUUCGGUAUUACAAGCAAGUUCCUUGAGAGUGCCCUAAAUGAAUUCAAUAUUCAGACAAUUGGAAAGGAAGUACUUGAGAGGGAAUUUAAUGUCAAGGAACCGAUCAAGUAUUUUGUCAGCAAGACUCGCCAUUAUUCCUGGCCGAAGGGAACUGCAAUUGCUGGGCUGGGCUCGGGAAAUAUGAUUGGAGUAGAUGUCAACAACGCCGCCCAGAUCGACAUCAAGAAGCUAGAAAAGCAUCUAGAGGACUGCGUCAAGACCGAAACCCCAGUCUUUGCGGUAGUCGCCAUCAUUGGAUCCACUGAGGAGGGUGCAGUCGAUAGACUCACAGAAAUACUCCGCCUUCGCAAGAAGUUCCAAGAAGAACAUGGCUUGUCGUUCCUCGUCCAUGCUGAUGCUGCGUGGGGAGGUUAUUUUGCCACGAUGAUCAACCCUGACAGACGCUACAGUGUUGAGGACCAGCAUUCAGAGAAGCCAGAGCCCGAGUGGUACUUGGACCCCAAGACAGUUGAAGAUAUCAAGGCUAUGGCUGAUGCAGACUCUAUCACUGUGGAUCCUCACAAAGCUGGUUACAUCCCGUAUCCUGCUGGAAGUCUGGUGUACCGUGAUGGAAGGAUGAGACACUUAGUCACGUGGUCAGGUCCUUACCUCUCCCAAGGUUCGGCAGAGAACAUUGGCGUCUAUGGAGUUGAGGGCAGUAAACCAGGCGCCUCAGCCAUGUCAGCGUGGUUCUCCAACCAAACUAUCGGUCUCAACCACCAAGGAUAUGGCAAGUUGCUCGGCGAGGCAACCUUCACAAGCGCCAGGCUCUCUGCUCACUAUGCAACCAUGAUCAACGAUGACUUCAUCUGCGUCCCAUUCAACAUGUUAGCCGCCGAGAACAACGGCAGCAGAGCCUUCCUCUCCAAACCAGUCGAGAAGCAGCGAGACAAGAUUCGCGAUCUCAUCAUCGGCAAACAUGACUGCGACGUCUUUGCUUCCAAAGAUGCCAUGAAUAUUAUUCGUGAUCUUGGCUCUGACACCAACAUCAACUGCUUCGCUCUCAACUGGAAGGAUGAGGAAGGAAACUUGAACACCGAUUUGGAAGAGGCCAAUUACCUCAUGAAGAGAGUAGUCGACAAGCUCUCAAUCACCUCUGCUGAUACUGAUCCUUCUCAAAUCCCCAUCUUCUUGACUUCAACCUCAUUUCUGCAAGAGGACUAUGGUGCCUGUGCCCAUAAGUUUAUGGAGAGAAUGGGCGUUGAAAAGUCCGACCAAAGUCUUUUCGUCAUUCGAAACGUGGUUAUGAGUCCAUUCCCCACUCGCAAGGGCUUUAUCGACACAUUGAUGAAAGACUUAGAGGGCGUCAUUCGCAAGGAAGUUCAGGCUUGUCGAAAGAGAAACAAGCCCGGUAAGAACAAGGUCCAGUUCCUUGUCCAAGGCUCGCCCGGCUCGUCCGAGGUGUUCCUCUCCUUCAUGCCUUCAUUCCACAAGGCCACCAAACGACAGCAGAUCGUCCUCUCAGCGACCCUGGAUACUACCUUGCGAGACUUUCACAAGGAGCUUACAGGUGGCAGCCAGGAUAGCACUGUCAUGCUUGAGUCCGAUGAGAAGGUGUUCAUUGAGGAGAUUUUGAAGGAUCUUGGCCGCAUGGAUGUCAUCAUGUACGAGAAGGGUACCAAGAAAUACCACCAGAGGGACGGAUCCGUCACCCUAAACUCAGUCGUCAAGAGCCGACCGCUCAACUCAAUGCACCGCGAGCUUGAGUAUCCCGGAGAGUUCAUGCCUUUCUACUUGUACGGUAACGAGCAAGAGAUCCAUUGCUCCCACAUGCUGGUAGCGGCGCCCAAUAUUGCUCUCGCCGCCAACAACGUCACAUUCAAACCAGACCUGUCAUCUGAGAUUAACACGCGCCAGUCAGUCUCUGAACUUCUCGCAGAGGGUCUCAUUCUGGGACUCUCUGAGAGACCUGAAGCUUCCAUGCAGCCUUUGGCAGAGAAGAACCAAGAGUUGGCCGAAGAGUUCUUUUGGCGCCAGAACCAACCAUUCAAGGUAAAAGUUUGGAAAGAUCCCAAGGCUGCUGAUGCGCAUGGUCCGGAACUGCUGAAGGAUCUGGGAAAGCCCUUGUAUGAAGGAGAGAUGAUACUGGGUGAGAAUGUCUUUGUGGAUGCUGAGGGUCUGAACGAAGAUAAGCAGAAAGAAAUAAAGGUUGAAGAGGACUCCUGGCAGAGGAAGUUGGAUGAGGUUGGAAGGAUUCUGGAUGGAACACAUACUCACUAA